AUGCGCGCCGCCAUUUUGUAACGGGACGGUCUCUUUUCCAAACCGCUGCGCGGCAAAACCCGGAGGAGCGGCCGGCGUGUGGGAUGGAUUAAAAAGAUGAGUGAAGAUUCUAACAGAAACCUGGAUACAAACCAUGACAAGCUCAAUAGAAGAAAGCAGUGUCUGCUCUCCUGAUUCAACAGUAUCUUCUCUUUUAACAAGCUAUAGCAUUGACAGCAGUAAGCCAUACUCAAACAGCUUGAUUCACUACAAGGACAAGCUUUACAGCUCUGCAUCUGAGGCUUUGGAGGCUUAUAUUGAAGAUUUUAAUUUAAGUCUCACCUCUUCAGAAAUCAGCACUGGAAAAAUCUGCAUAUGUCAGAGCACUCCCAAACAAGUUAAGUUUUCAAAGAAUCACACCAAAGGAAAACAUGUAUUGGAUGAUCUUAAUCAGCACUCAGGAUUAGGUUCUCUUGCUUCAGCCUUUAGAAGGCAAAGUGAGCGCGACCCAGACUUGAUUAGUCUUGCGACGGAUGAUCUGUUAGCAUUUCCAGCAGAUGGAUCACUGCCCUUUGUCCAGCGUAGUCCUUUUAAAUCAAGGCAUCAGAGUAGUGAGUGGAACAGAGGGUCCCUCAAAACAUCUUCCUGCCCUUCCCAAACCUCAUCGCUCGAUACUGAAAGCAGUUUCCGUCUCCCCAAGAGCGGGAAGGCUGUUGCUCACCAGAAUCUGCACAAAGACUUCAGUAAAAAGAAAUGUGCUGUGUAUACACCUGAUAGGUACAAUUCUGUCUCCUCUAAAGGAAGUUUGAGACCCUUGUCCUUUGAAGAGAACUCUAACACUUUUAAGAAUUAUCCAAGGUGGCUUACCAGUCAGAAGUCCGACUUAAGUGUAUCGGAGAUAAGUAGUAUUCCCAAUUUUCACUACCCAGUCUGGCUUAAGAGUUACAACCUUUUUUCUGAUUCAGCUGAAGAAAGUGAUGGUCAAAAUUUUAAUAGAGAAGGCAAAUCCAUCUCUUCACAAACUUUUGAGAGCCUGAAAGAAAGGCACUCUGUAGAUAAAGACAGUUCUGAUUAUUUUGAACAAAAGGGUUGCCUGGAUCUUGGAGGUGAUAACAAAGUAGAAGAAAGUUGCAACUAUGACAGUCCAGAUGCAUGCUUCCCAUUUGAAAACUCUCUUUUGAGACAUGGUAGAAAGCCAUUCAGAGAAGAGCAGCUUGAGCUCCUUACCUUGAAGGCUGACAGAGGUCUGGAGGGUUCAACUGAAGAUUUGUCAAGUAAUCUGGAAAAUGAUGUCACUCCUUCUACAAUAGAUAUACUAGGAGCAGAAAGAUCAUGGGAAAAUGCUCCAGGUGCUCUCAAACCACCAGUGCCUGUGUGCUGUGAGGACGUGGAGAAUGCUCUACCAUUCCCCAAGGCAGAUAUCAUACAUAAGUUCUUGGAAGACUGUUUAAAUGACAAAAAUAAGGAUGCUGCUUUUUCUGGAGGUCAUCACCACAGACCCCUGGAAGCUUUGAAGCUAAUGUUGUUUAAACUUCAAGCGAUUCGGGGAAGUUUAAGCCGGAAUGAAACUGCUGAGCAAAAAGAAGAGCUUGAAAAACUUUCUAAAAAAGCAGAGGCUGAAUUAAAACUGUGUGACAGUGAGAGAAUCCCGCUUACUAAUUCUAUUCGGAAGGCUUUACACCACUUGUCACGUCUUAAAAGUCUUGUUGAAGAUAACAGUAACCAACAAGAGCAGACCGAUGAUCAAGAAGAAGAUAAACAACAAAAAAAAUAAGAGAAUAAUCCGUGAAGCUGAUAUCUAAGAAUAUUUUAAUAUUGUGUAAUUUAAAUAAUAUUCCAGCCUGACCACUGGUCAACGUGUUUUUGAAAGCUGAACCAGUGCAGUGUUCUCAAAAAUGUUGUAUUCAGUAUUCCUGUACAUAUUCAUUACUUCAAAGUUUAAUUGUUAGUGCUUCCAGUAGGCUCUAACGAUAUGUGAGAAGAGAUACUACUUUUGAAAGAAUAUUUCAUUAAAAUAACGUUAACAUUUUCAUGGAGGAAAGUCUGUGUUUAUCAAAAUUUACAAAAAAUACUAGACAAUUUGCCAAUUCUAGACAUCAUUACGUGGCUUCUUAGAAACAGGGGGAGCUCAGUAUCGUGUGUAAAGUUAAGCAGUAAAUUUUAGCAAUCAUAUAAUUACAUAGUUCUUCCAGUCCUGUUCUUUCUAACAGGACUUGAGCUGAUGUAACUGUAUGCUCCUUGUUCCCCAGCUGCAAAUUUAUGUACAAUUUACACAUAUGUUUUAUCAAAAAGUGUCCGAAGUUUUUCUGAAUUGUUCCUCCUUUUCACAUCCACAGGAAGCCUGGCUCUUUGGAGCAUCGAGUGCUGAGCCAACAGCUGGAUUUCCCUGGUACUGGGAAUUCCUCAUCUCCCUUCCAUUUUCCUUGGCUUUAUUCUUCGCUUUAGAGCAUAAAAAAAAUCCUUCAGUGGGCCUGAACAGGCAAAGGAAUGAUAGAAGAUUUUUAUUUUUUAUUUUUUUUUCAGCGUGACUGGAUAGAAUUAGCGUGUGAAAGCCACUGAUAAGCACUGGAACUCGUGCAGGGGAGAGAGGAGUAGGUCUUACCCCGUUUGGCAAGAGCAAAUUGAGAGACAGAGAAAAGCUGUAAGUAGUAAUUUGAGUUGUGAGUUGAAAUAUAGUGACAGAACAUUUUGAAAGAAGCGUUUUGUACCUCUUCUGAGGCUUAUAUAAUGCAACCUAGCUCUUUGUGCUGUCAGUAAAUAAAAUGUGUAUGGCAACAA